CCAUCUGGCGCAAAUGCAAAGACGUUUACAUUAAAUGAAAUCCACUGGUAAAGCCAGGCAACAAAUGUGGUGUUAUUUUGCCACUUAGAACAAUGACCAGCAACAUCAGAUGCAACAGGUGGCUAACUAUUCACAGCUGAGAUAAAUUAUGGGACAAAUGUGAAAUGAAUGGUCUCAUGAAAUAUGAGAAACUGUUUGUCGAAUCUGGCAAAUUGCAUCUGCUUAAGACUUGAUCUUUGUGAUUCAUCAGAGCUCACAUGACUAAACAAUCAGGCCUAACGUUAUGGUUUUUUUUUAUUAUUGUUUUGUGAAGACAUUACCGAGCUAGCUAACGUUAGCUAAAUGACUAGCGUUACCUAAGUUUGAACCUUGUGACAGUACGUCGAGGCAGACACCGACUGAAAAGCUGUCGAUUAGCAGAUGAAUACCGCUAUUGAAAGAUGUUACAACAGUAACGUUAGUAUCACACCUAGCUAGCUGGUGCGAACUGGUAACAGAGGCUAGGUUUCACCACAAUGUGCCACUUUUCCCAGUCAGAAAUACUGGUAGGAAUACCACCAGUGUCGUGGUAACGAGGAAUUUCAGGGAUGCUCAGCGAUGGAAAAUCAUUCCCAUCAUUAGCCAACCAAAACGUUACAUGGACAGUCAAAUUAAAAAUUCAACUGAUCUAAAUGACUGCCAUUAAGGCCAUUUUUUAACACGCUGCUUUCCUGCGUACUUGGCGGGCGUUUUGUUUCCCUUAUUUGGGUUAGAAAGGGCUGAGACUUCGCCGAUGAGGAUUAAAGGUGUCCUUCUGCUGUGAGAGCUUCAAGCCUUGUGCAGAUGGCUCUGAUGGCGGGUGUGGGGGGUCUGAGGGCAUGUGGGUGAAGGGCCAACCCAUCUGCAAUGGAGAGAUCAAUAGCACAGAGCAGAACAUUUCAUCUUACUGGCUGCUGUGUGAAACACAGACCAACCUGACGAAUCUUUUUGUCAAUACCUCCCUCAUAGAGACACACCUGGAAGUGUCUCUGUCUGUCCGGGUUGACAGUCCCUCAGCACAUAAUGUGACCGUGCACCAUCAAUUGGAAAACGCCAGCUCUUUUAUAAGAAGCUCAGAACAUCUUCAGGGGCUCUUUCACUGCUGUGUGACCCCCAACAACAACACCCAGAACCUCUUACAGAACACCACUCCUCCACAUCCAUUCUCCGGUGUCAGUCACUGUUUCCUGCAUGCUCAGCGAAACAAUCAGACCGCAUCCUUUUAUUGCCCUCAUCAGAUGGAAGGUAGAAAUGAAAGUAAACGUGUGUGGUUUGGUCUCAUCCUUAUUGUGAUAUCCAUAACUGUGGUGACUGUUGUUUAUCAGGUUCUCUGCAAACCAAAGCAUCUGAAGAGGAAAGUUGAGCGUCUUCCUGACAGUGCAUACCAACCUCGUCGACUCACCAUCAGAAGAACUACUUCAUUUGAUGGCAUACCUGAACAGUCAUUACUACCCAGAUACUCCACAGGUGACGUGUUCUUUGAGGCCACAUCUCAGAAGGACGAGGAGACACUUCUACAAGUCUACAAGAAUAGGAUAGAACUCUCACCUAUUCGUGAAGUUGAAAAGAAUGAAGUCACUGGUGAGAAACAAGAAUCUGGCGGCUCACUGCUGCCGACCCAAGACUUCACACAUUGCCAGUGGGGACCAAUGUCCCAGCUGCAUCACCGUGGACACCCACCAACCGUCAGUUUGAUGUCUGUCACCACGGAGGAUCAGAACUAAUAUGAGACUGAAUGUAUCUACACACACCCUUCAACUCUAUCGACCUCUGAAGACUAUGAAAUGUGUGACAACUACGAUAUAGACUAAAUGUCUGAGGGGAACGUUCUUUAUUUUCCCCUUUCAAGAACAAGGUUCUUGAUUUGAUUAUAGGAAAACAGUCCUGUGGAGACAUCCGGCAGUGAAACAAUUGUUAUGAUGGAGAAGAUGAUGAUGGAGAAAAUCACUGUAAUACACAUCACACCACUUUGAAAUAAAGGUCAUACUGUA